AUGUCGGCGCCGGAGAUCGCAUGGGGGAUCCAGCUGGGGGAGGGAAAUUUCCCAACGCUCGCACUUCUCGGGUCGACAGGCAAUGGGAUUGGUCGUGGGCAGCCGUCAAUGCCCACAGCUGCCCACAUUCUAUUCCAACAGCCUGAGCAAAACGGUCUGUGGAUCGCCGAAACUCGAUAG